CAAUGCAUAACAUCUCUGUUUCGUCGCACACUGAAUAGAACCAAAUUGAAAAGAUGGCGAGUUUGGCUACCAAGGGAUCAGGACUUGUGAACAGGCUCCUCACACAGGCGAGGCCCCAACUGGACGUGUUCCUGAAGUACGCCAAGGUGGAACUGACGCCCCCGACGCCCGCCGAUAUUCCGGCCAUUCGCCAAGGACUGGGCAACAUCAUCAAGGGAGCCAAGACCGGCGCCUACAAGAACCUCACGGUUCGCGAGGCCUGGCUUAACACCCUGGUGACCGCCGAGGUCAUCUUCUGGUUCUACAUCGGCGAGUGCAUCGGCAAGCGUCACAUUGUAGGCUACAAUGUCUAAGCUUACUAUAGUCUCCGCUUGGCAGUCACUGGAAUGGGCAACGUAAUCCCUAACAGAUGUGUAUAUUUAUAUGUCUGCGAACAUUUCGACUCUGAAUAAAGUGAAAUAGUAAUUUAAAAUUCCGAAAAUUUUCGAAAAAUACAUUGUUUUUUGAAAACCGUUAGAACGUUUGCGCGGGAUUUGUGUAAGCUAAAGAUGAGGUGAUGUAAAACCAAGUUUGGAAUUAAAAGUUGACGAUAUUUAAUGAUAAAAAUUAAAAAAAUAUAUGUAAUGUUAUACAUCAAAUGUUUAUGAAACGGUGUCGUAAUCAAAGAGGCUAAUGGUUCAGAAAUACAUAAUAUACUUAGAGCAUUUAAAAGCACUCAAGAAUAAUUUUAUUU